GUAGUUCAUAUCAGGAACACGAGAUAAACUAUUUUGCAUAACAAAACCUAAAGGAACGAACGCCAACUCUCGAUGGAACUGUUGACGAGUAGAUAUCAAUAUAUUUCGGAGGCGAGCGUACUGACUUGAAAGGAAGACACUUUAAACUGUGCUGUCGUUGCUAUUGGGCAAGUUAUAUAAUUCAUACCCAAGAAGUGGACUGACAGUAGACUCAACACUCAGUUAGAAAAUCACUGGAUUUCUACGGAAUAGGAUAAAACGAUAUCGUUUUGUUCAUUGAAGCCGUAAAAAGGAUCUUGAUUGAAAACGACACAUAAAAGGACUAUGUAAUGGCGUACGCUAUUGCUGGCGAGGGGCCUUUUGUCGCCGAAAAUAACACCCACGUUUUGGAUAUCAUACAACAUCCGGGUUACGACGACAGACCGGAAGUGACGACACUAGCAGAAACAAUUCACGAGGAAUACGCAGAAUUCUAUAGGAAUGCAAAAUUCGUUACAGGAAUUGUUCUCUACCCGAUUUUAUGCACAUUCGGAAUAACAGGGAAUAUUUUGUCGCUAAUUGUGCUAAGUCAUAAAAAGAUGUCGUCAUCAACAAAUGUGUUUCUCAGUGCAUUAUCCGUGUCUGACCUCAUAAAACUUGUGAAUGACGUUAUGUAUUUCAUUGUUGUUGUGAUAGAAAGAUACGACACAGUCACAGGCCAACGUGCAAUGGCUUUGCUGUAUCCUUCCGCGCACUAUAUUCUCAAUAUGUCAGUUUGUGUGACUGCGUGGUUGACAGUCUCAGUCAGCGUGGAGCGAUACAUCAGCGUCUGUCAUCCGACCAGAGCUAAAACCAUGUGUACUAUCCAACGAGCACGGAUUGUGAGUGUGUGCGUGUUUAUAGGCAUGAGUAUUCUAGCUUUACCAUCAGGUUUACGCUACGAAAACCGCUGGUCAAUCUCGAAUGAAACCAAUCAAAGUAUUGUGUCAAUAGAACUCAGUGUCUUUGGGCAGCACCAGUUGUUCAAAACGGCAUACACAUGGAUACAGAACCUAUUGCGAUCGAUUAUACCGCUCUUCGUCUUGGUCAUCCUUAACUCUUGUAUAAUCUACGCCCUGUGGCAAUCACGCAUCAAAGGUAAAACCAUGUCUUCCCGUAACAGAAUAAGCAUAAUGCUUAUCAUUGUGGUCUUCGUGUUUCUAAUCUGUAUAACGCCAGAUGCAAUCCUGUCGACGUUCUUCAAAUUUGGAUAUUACGACGCGAAUAACUUAGUGCGCGGAAUACGUGAGAUUUCGGACCUUCUGCUUCAGAUCAACUCAGCGGUUAACUUCGUCUUGUACUGUACCUUCAGUACGAUAUUCCGAGGGAUAUUCAUAGAGAUUUUCCUGAAGUGCUUUACAAAGAAGUUAAAUGAACAGCGCGCAAUGCGUGAAGCGCGGACUUCUGUAGUGCGUGACAAGGAAGGAAGCACUAUUGUUGAUAACGACGCCAAUGAGAGAACUAAACUGACGGCGACGAGUAUUAAUAACUGUCAGCAGACAUAUGUAUGAUACGGAUGCUAUGGCCUGUCGGUAUAAUGCUUACACGCCACAUAUUCUAUAGUAUCGUAGCGCCGCCUGUAGGGAUCCUAUAGGCCUAGCACUACCUAUACGGGUCAUACUGUUAGUGUGCUGCCUUUAACGGCCAUAUUGUUAUAACAUGUUUUACAUUGAAGGCCUACGCUGUUGGUCGAAAUAAAAUAAUCGUGUUACUGUACGGUAUUAAAACUACUCAUGUCAACGUGGUGAAAAUUGACCUAUACAGAGUAUAUCUAUCAUAUCAGCGUACACUACAGUACGUUGAAAUCUCUUCAGUGUGUAUUUGCGUACAUGUAAUCGCCGAUUCCAUUUCGAAUUUCUGAUUUUAUAUUGAGGGCGAAAGCCUAUAAAUCGAGUAUCAGAGUGUCCGUUAAAUGAGUGCGCUCAUCCGACAAUCGACCUAUAUCGACUCGAGAAGCAACCAUAACACUUCAGGCCGUAUCAUGCAUACCUUUUUCUUGACUGAUGGAGGGGGAGUGCCUGAGUAUUGGUGGUGAGUGUUCGUGCGUAUGAGUCUGUUUGUCUGUCUAUGUUUCAGCCAGGGUGCAGGAUAUUUUUUCCCCUUUUGAAUUAUUUUUUUGUAUUGCUUCAUAUCCCUAUCCAAUAGUUAUUUGAGACCAAGUCUAAAUGCAGAAAAUUGUCGAUUUGAUGGAGUCAACAGAUAAGUAAUGACGAGGCAUUUAAUCAUUACGGCAACAAAUGAUAUUCUCGAUAUCGUUAGGACAUUAGUAUCAAUCGUCCUGGCAUUUUUAUGCAUGGUCAAUACUCCUGUCGAUAUCCGGACAUGCCUCUCACGCGAUAUUUUGUAAUCUCGCGCUGGGUCAUCCCAUCAUUAGAGACUACGGAUGACCAGAUGACAUCGAGCAUAAAACGUGAAUUAGCCAUUACCUAUUCAACCGCGUUCGGAUGCGGUGGUAAAGUUAGUCUCCAUCUCCAUUGAGAAUUAGCACUGUUCUAUGCUUUUUAAUGAUUGUUCCGUGAUUCGUAGGUUGAGAGAAUAUCCCAUUCGAAAUUCGAUGAUUAUGGUCACCGGGGCAAGUGUAAUGAUUUGUUUGUAAUCAUAGGUACUUAGAAGCACUUGAUGACUUGAAGGCGGUUUGCGAGUAGUGAGCCACCUGCUGAAGAUAUCACGGGUUCCGUAGCUCACUGCUCCAUCGCCACUGCACCGAAUACGUAUGCGUGGUGAUGUGCAAGGAACCAUGAUGCAUGUAGCAUCAGGUUGACAGUGUGAUGGAUGCAUCGAAGGAAUGUAUGUGCGUGUGAGUCCGGGUUGUGUGCUCUCCGUGAUUCUUAGAUGGUGAUGUUUCCGAGGAAUUGUCAUUCAAACGUCACACUUGAAUGGAAGUUUCGUGAUCUUCUCGAUUCAUGGUGUGAACUCCAAUAUUGCGAUAUUUGGGUUUCGAGAGACUCAUCUACUUUCUCGUCUCGCUGUCACUCUGUAGUUUCGUUUCGGCGAGGUUUCAUUCACUAGUUGCGGCGAUUCCUACUCGUAAAAAAGCGAUGCUCAUUUGUUAUUGUUUCUAGAUAAGAGUUUAAAGUAAUUGCUAUUAUCAUUUUCUUCUAUGAAUUGUGUGUUGAUGUGCAUACUGUAUUUGGUUUGCAUGAUAAAAUUCGAAAGUU